GAAAAGCGCGCCUGCGCACAUACCAGAAGAGCGCGAGACCGCGCACAUCAACGCGCUUCAAAAUCGUCGGCAGUGCUGCAUGGAUUUGUUCGAGAAUGCCUCCAAAUAAGUGCAUUUUUGGAUUUGAGGGAAAGUUCACUGUGUUCAGCUUCACCAACAACCCAGCGUUACAUGAACAGUGGAUGCAGUUUGUUGUUACAUCAAGCAUAGACGGUAUCAAGUGCGUUUGUGUGUUCUGGUCAUUGAGUGACGGAUGUUUUAUGAACAAGGCCCAAGUCGAUGCUGGAUUUGCAAAUCGUUUGCUGUUAAAACAUGGAGCCGUCCCUGUGAUAAAAGAACCCAUUCAUUUUGCCUUGAACUGGGAAAGACGAUCGGCUCGGGUUUCCCAUCGGAGUGGACUCUCAUCUCACACUUCUUUGAAAGUGUCUCCUGACAUUCUCAUGAAGCUCCCAACGCCGUCCCUCUGGGAGGUUUCCUUCCGAAGCCAUCCGGAUGGUCAGCGCGGAGUUAUUUGCACUGGUUUUGUGGGUAAACUUAAUAAUUCCCAGAAGAAUAAAGUGAACAAACAGGUUGAAAUCAAAUCAGCUCUGGGCUCACAGGUGCAAAGGCACAGCUUUGUGUUUGUGUUUGCUUUCUGCCAAUUAGUGACUUCCGAAGUCAGGAACUUGUGUUUUUCAGGAGAUCACUUAUCACAAACAACUCUCAACUUACUGCUGGUUAUAUAUGCUCUUUAUAAUCGUGCAUGUGACGAAUAAAAAAA